GCUCCCUGGGACAGAGCAGAAGGUGUGCAAAUCUUGCUGGGGACACACUGGCCUCCUCUGAGGCCCCGGACGGGACAGCGGACAGGAGAGGAAGGGCCGUUGAGGGGCCCCACCCCCAGGAGCUCCUCUGUGGCAGAGACCUGAAACAGCAGCAUUUGUCUCCAAGGCAAAAGACCUCUCUGAUGACAUGGUGCACACACCCUGGCUUGUAAGGAUCAGAACACAGAUGCUGGGGUUGCAAGUGGUGUGCUGGGGUCCCACAGCUGAGCAUGGCAGUGAAGGAGCUCCCCAGACCCCCACAAGCCCGGGCAGCACCCUUGCACCUGGCCAAGCUGCCCCAAGCGCUCAAACCCGGUGAAGCUGGGAGAGGUUAUUGAUCUCCGGUCAUUCUGCUGAGGAACGAUCAGAUUUAUUUCCAUGGAGACCAAGGAACCUGAAGAUUGGGAAAAGCCCCAGAAGAAAUCAUCGGUGAGUGGUUCCUGGGAAAAUGAUGAUGAACCGACCAAGAAGAGACCUGAGCUACUCUCAGAAGAAGAGAAGACGCCCCACGCUGACCAGGAGAUCCAAGACAAAGAACCCCGUCACUAUGCCCCAAUUCAGAGAAACUCCAUCUUCAAUCGAACCAUCAGACACAGAACCAGACCCAGACCAAACAGCGGGCAGCUGGCAGAUUCGCUGGAAAAUGGGAAAUCUGUAAAUAAGCCCCUGACCGUGAAUUUCCCCCAAAUCGGAGCGCCUCCCUGGAGAAUACCAAACAGGACAGACCCAGGAGCCAAGAGGAUAAGCGAGUCGUCCUCCACCCCGGGAAAUGGGGCCACGCCCGAGGAGUGCCCGGCCCUCGCCGACAGCCCCACCACGCUCACCGAGGCCCUGCAGAUGAUUCGCCCCAUUCCCGCCGACUCCUGGAGGAACCUCAUUGAGCAAAUAGGGCUCCUGUAUCAGGAAUACCGAGAUAAAUCAACGCUCCAAGAAAUUGAAACCAGGAGGCAACAGGAUGCACAAAUACAUGCCAAUGUCCACGGCUCGCCAGCCGGCCAGGAGACUCCAGAGGAGGAGGACGAGGAGGAAGAGGAGGAGGAGGAGGAGGAGGAAGAGGAGCCGGCCAGCCCCCCGGAGAGGAGGGCUCUGCCCCAGAUCUGCCUGCUCAGUAACCCCCACUCACGGUUCAACCUCUGGCAGGACCUCCCGGAGAUCCAGAGCAGCGGGGUGCUGGAGAUCCUCCAGCCCGAGGAGAUCAGGCUGCAGGAGGCCAUGUUCGAGUUGGUCACCUCCGAGGCAUCCUACUACAAAAGCCUGAGCCUGCUCGUGUCCCACUUCAUGGAGAACGAGCGGCUGAAGAAGAUGCUGCACCCGUCCGAGGCGCACAUCCUCUUCUCCAAUGUCCUGGACGUCAUGGCCGUCAGCGAGCGGUUCCUCCUGGAGCUGGAGCGCCGGAUGGAGGAGAACAUUGUCAUCUCGGACGUGUGCGACAUCGUGCACCAUUACGCAGCCAACCACUUCUCCGUCUAUAUCACCUACGUCAGCAACCAGACGUACCAGGAGCGGACCUACAAGCAGCUGCUCCAGGAGAAGGCAGCCUUCCGGGAGCUGAUUGCGCAGCUGGAGCUCGACCCCAAGUGCAGGGGGCUGCCCCUCUCCUCUUUCCUCAUCCUGCCUUUCCAGAGGAUCACGCGCCUCAAGCUCUUGGUCCAGAACAUCCUGAAGAGAGUGGAAGAGAGGUCUGAGCGCGAAUGCACCGCCUUGGACGCUCACAAAGAACUGGAACUGGUGGUAAAAUCAUGCAACGAGGGCGUCAGGAAAAUGAGCCGCACGGAGCAGAUGAUCAGCAUUCAGAAGAAGAUGGAGUUUAAGAUCAAGUCGGUGCCCAUCAUCUCCCACUCCCGCUGGCUGCUGAAGCAGGGCGAGCUGCAGCAGAUGUCAGGCCCCAAGACAUCCCGGACCCUGCGGACCAAGAAGCUCUUCCAGGAUAUUUACCUCUUCCUCUUCAACGACCUGCUGGUGAUCUGCCGGCAGAUCCCGGGAGACAAGUACCAGGUGUUUGACUCGGCCCCACGGGGCCUGCUCCGCGUGGAGGAGCUGGAGGACCAGGGCCAGACGCUGGCCAACGUGUUCAUCCUGCGGCUGCUCGAGAACGCCGAUGACCGGGAGGCCACCUACAUGCUGAAGGCAUCCUCACAGAGCGAGAUGAAGCGGUGGAUGACCUCGCUGGCCCCCAACCGGAGAACCAAGUUUGUGUCCUUCACGUCCCGGCUGCUGGACUGCCCCCAGGUCCAGUGUGUGCACCCGUACGUGGCCCAGCAGCCGGAUGAACUGACGCUGGAGCUGGCCGACAUCCUGAACAUCCUGGAGAAGACUGAGGAUGGGUGGAUCUUUGGCGAGCGUCUGCACGACCAGGAGAGAGGCUGGUUCCCCAGCAACAUGACUGAGGAGAUCUUGAAUCCCAAGAUCCGGUCCCAGAACCUCAAGGAGUGUUUCCGUGUCCAUAAGAUGGACGACCCUCAGCGCAGCCAGAAUAAGGACCGCAGGAAGCUGGGCAGCCGAAACCGGCAAUGACCCCCGGCCCCCAGCCUGGCGGGGAUGCGGGUGAACCCCGAUGGAUGGUGGAGGGGCUCUGGGGAAGGCCAGUGCCUCCCCAGGCGCAGGGGGUGACCGGGGCGCCCAGUGCAGGAGCCACCCCAGCCCUCGUCCCUGCCACGUGGUGCGUGCUCGCGUGUCCUGGCCCCUUGCUCCCACGCUGGAGGAGGGGAGCCCACGUGUCUGCUCUGCUGCAUCUGUAAACGGGAAAGUAUAUUUUAAACAGUAUUACACCAUCACUCCCUCCGGGCUCUUAGAGGGGGUGGCGGGGGUUGGCAUGCUCCGGGGGCCUCCCCAGGCCCUGGAAGAGGCCCCAGACCCAGGAUGUCCUUGGCUGAGGGCAGGUGCGAAGGUGAUGAUUGUCAUUACCCCCUGCACGUGCCCUGUCUUCCCCAGAAGCUGUCAGAAUCCACCAGGCGUGCAGGUGGACCACCCCUGCCCAGUGAGCUUGAUGGGCAGCCCUUGGUCCUGAUUCAAAGAACUGAGGGACCAACCGCCUCUGUCCACCCCCUCCCCAAGCCUCGCCAGCCUCUGGCUGCACGGCCAGGCCCUGCCUCCUGGCAGGCCUACCAGAGCUUGGCUGAGGGCCCAUGCGUCUCUGGCUCCUUGACAGGCUGGAUGUAACUUGUGUCUCUGACCCUUUAGGAGCCCAGGUGUUGUAAGGAAUGACUUGGUCACUGCAUUCUGUAUCGGUUAUGGUUCCGAGAAAAGCAAAUAUCAUUUUUGGCUGCAUUAAAAGAAGCAUCAUGUACAAAAUAAA